GUGUCUGAGCGGUGACACCUGCUGGGGGGCGUGGUUACGAGCGGCUGGGCGGUUGCUUGCAGAUUGUAGGCCGGUGACGUGUCCCCCACCUCAGACAGGUGAGGAGGAGGAAGGAGGAGGCAGGUGUAACCGUGUCCUGCCCGGAGAUGUGGAGGCUCCUGCGGUUCUCACCCCUCCGGGAGACCCUUCCUUGCGCGGAGGGGAGCCCUGCAUCAUCCUAACAGCAUCAGGUCUCCUGGACGAGGCUCUUCUCAACCGAAGACAUGAGCGUCACCAAACAAUGGGACGUCAGCAGGGCUCUGUCCAUGGCCGGCCUGUUCCAUUUCUUCCACGGCUUCGGAAAGUUCUGCCUUAUCCCUUUCUUAACCAUCUUCCUCCGACACUUGGGACUGAGCCCUGCUCUGGUGGGGAUUAUCAUAGGCCUGAAGCACAUGGUCCAUGUUUUUUGGGCACCUGUUUGCUCUUUUAUGGCUAAAACGAACAGUAAGAGAAGGGUCCUCAUCACGGCAUCACUGCUGCUGUCGGCGGGCACAGGCUUAGCCUUCACUUUCUUUCCACCAUUGGAAAGGGAUAUAGUCUUAAGAUACUGUAAUGGAAGUCUUCCUUGGAAGGAAAAGUUGACCACCCCAGGUGCCAUAGAUCUGGUGCUGUUUGGUCCUGAGGAUAAUACAAGUCUUUUGGUGUCUAAAGUUUCUCCGACACCUCAGCUGGCACCAGUCGUGAUUACAGAACUCAGCAGCGAUAAACUAGUAGAGAAUUUGACUAUGAAAGCCAUCACCACGGAGAAUGAGGACACCAUAGAUAUAACCUUAGCCCUUUCCAGUCAUACACAACUUUUCCAAACCAGCACUCCACAUCAGAAAAGACGUAAACCAGUUACCAAGCAAACACCAGCAAGAGAGAAGUCCACCAGCCACAAUGAUGAGGUUGAGGACAUCUCUUCUCACGUAGGUUCGAGUCCUUCUCCUGUACCAUCUCCGAAACAUAAACCGUCCAACCAUUCUGCACACUCUAAGAAAGUCAGAGAUGUCAGCUUGGCCUUCCCAGUUCUAGAACAUCUCCUGGACAGCGAACAUAAGAUAUUCCUGGUUGUGUUGGGUAUGAUAAUGGUCUGGUCCAUCUUCGCGGCUCCGUUGAAGUGGAUAGCAGACGACAGCCUUUAUGAGUAUCUUGACUUUGUAGAUGCCACAGACCGGCAUGGUAAAGUUUGGAUUUGGGGCCACAUGGGCGCUUGCAUUGGCUCCUGUACCAUCGUGCUGUGGAUUGAGAAUCUCAAUUGCUUCCUCACCACUGAUAUCCCCAGGAUCUACCUUCAUUUCUACAGCUACUCUGCGUUUAUGGUCAUCACUGUCUUCCUUAGCGUACUUUAUCCUAUACACGUCUCCAAGAAAAGUGAACACGCCAACAAAACCAUCAAAGCCUUGGGUCUCAUCGGAAGCGACGGUCGAGUCAUCCUGCUGUCCAUCACCGUCUUUUUGACUGGCGCCAUUUGGUCCACAGCUCACAACUUCCUAUUUUGGCGGAUGCAGGACGUGGGCAGCACGGAGCUCUAUAUGGGACUGUCCGUGGCCGUCGCCCUCUUCUCCGAAGUCACGCUUCACUCGUUUAAGGGUAAACUGUUGAGAGUCUUUUCCCUCAAAUGGACGGUGGUCAUAGGCCUUGGCUGUCUGGCGGUACAGAUGGUGUUUUACUCGUUCUUGUGGACGCCUUGGGCCGUGUUGCCCAUUCAGGUCUUGAGUGCCUUUAGCAAUGGAGCCCUUAUAUGGGCCGUGAACGCCCAAACGAAUGACGUAGCCACGCCGGGGACGGAGAGGUCUCUGCAGUUGGUUCUGCACUACUUGUCGCACGAUUGCGGCGCCGGCGUGGGCAGCUUUGCAGGUGGUUUCAUCAUCGGCAGCUUCGGCCUCCCAGUGCUGUUCCAAGCGUGCAGCGUAACUCUGCUGCUCUGGAUCUGUAUGUUUUUGUUGGUCCAUCCCAGACUUCCCCACAUAAAGAAAAUUAACUAUUCGCGGCUCCUGGCCGCAGACAACAGCGACAUGAGCGACUCCGACGAUGACCAGGAGAGGGACUGGCUUGUCAAAGCCAUGAAAGACGAUGGCAAGAAACUGUAGCCUGAUAUAAACUGCAUGACUGACGGCGUUGUGGUCCACUACCUCGAAUGUACCGCAUCACUCC